AUGGCUGCGCAAGUCCCCUUCUCUGAGCCACCUUGGCUCUCCGGCCUGCCCUCCCCCUACUACAAAGAGACGCACCGGCGAUUCCAGAAAGCGGCUCGCGCCUUCAUCGCCGAGCACCUCGCCCCCUAUGCCAUAGAAUGGGAGACGGCAGAGACCGCCCCGGACUCCCUGUUCCACACUUUCGCAAAGCACAACAUGUUGAUCCCCAAUCUCCCCGCGCCGCUGCCAGUGGAGUGGCUGCACCGCGUCGGCAUCAAGGACAUUCUCGGCGUGCCCGUGGAAGAAUGGGACUACUUCCAUACCGGCAUCUACCUGGACGAGAUGUCACGUGUGGGCGUUACGGGCCCGGGAGGCAGCAUGACCGCGGGCCAUGCCUUCGGCAUCCCGCCUAUCAUCAAGUUUGGGAGUAAAGCGUUGCACGAGAAGUUCCUGCCGGAUCUGCUACCGGGCAAGAAGAGGGCGUGUAUCGCUAUCACGGAGCCUGGAGCCGGCAGUGACGUGGCUAAUAUCGCGACGACAGCGCGUAAAUCAGAUGAUGGGAAAUUCUAUAUCGUCAACGGGGAGAAGAAGUGGAUCACUAAUGGGUUCUGGAGCGAUUAUGCGGCGAUGGCCGUGCGAACUGGAGGCAAGGGAGCAAAGGGACUGAGUAUGUUGGUGGUGCCGUUGAAAGGACAUCCCGGAGUCAACAUGAGGCGACUGAAGGUGCAGGGCCAGAUUUCUGCAGGGACAACAUACAUCGAGUUGGAUGACGUGAAAGUGCCGGUGGAGAACCUGAUCGGUGAGGAGGGACAAGGAAUGCGAUAUGUCAUGACGAACUUCAACCACGAACGGCUAACGAUUGCUUGCGGCGUUACCCGCUCCUCACGCGUUGCGCUGAGCUCAGCUAUGGCUUACGUGCUCAAGCGCGAGGCGUUUGGGAAGACGCUCGUCGAACAACCCGUUGUGCGUCACCGUCUGGCUAAGGCUGGCGCGGAACUUGAGAUGCUGCAGAGCUGGGUUGAGUCGUUCCUGUACAACAUGACGAAGCUCACAAAGGAGGAGGCAGAUGCGAAGCUGGGGGGCCUAACCGCGCUGGCGAAGGCGAAAGCAGGCAUGGUGUUCAAUGAAUGUGCGCAGACGGCAGUCCUGCUGUUCGGCGGCAAUGGCUACACCAGAACAGGACAGGGAGAGAUGGCUGAGAAGCUGUACCGUGAAGUAAUGGGAGCAAGGAUUCCAGGUGGAAGCGAAGAUGUGAUGCUCGACUUGGCCAUUAGACAGCUGGUGAAGAAUUUCCAGCGAGAGACGGAGAAGUUAGAUAGGCCCAAAGGCAGCUCGAAGCUGUGA